UAUUGGACGAGCUGUACCUCUCCAUUUAAUAUAACAAGAUGAAUAAAUGAUGCAACUGUGGCAGAAAAAUCAAUCCGCUCGCAACUGAAUGAAUCUCAAUGCCCAGUUAGAUAAACCAGAUGCUCCAACUUUAAAACUCUCCUCAAAAACAUCAACAUCGAUCUCAGUUUCAAUAACACCACCAGCAUACAGAGGAAAUAAACCGAUAACAUAUUAUACAUUACAAUACCAAGGAGACGGUAAAGAUAUCUCCAAAAAUAUAACAGAUCUAACAAACCUGAUGUACAAUAUACCAGAGUUGAAACCAGCAGUAAAUUAUGAAGUAAGGGUACAAGCUGUGAAUGUUAUUGCAGCAGGAGAUUUUAGUGAAUUUAUAAGUAUAACGACAGGAGGUGCUCCUCCAACGAUUCCACGAAAACUUCAAGAAAACAUAUCUCUACCGCAAGAAAUUGCAUUAACAUGGCUAAAACCUAAUCCUUCGAAUGGUUUCAUAAUAACUUACAAAUUGUGUUACAUACAAGAUACUAAUGAUGGAGUCAAAAUGGAAAACUCUUUUGAGAAUUGCACUAAUGUUGGCAAUGUUACCACAUUCACAUUAAAAGGGUUAGGUUUUUACAAUGGCUGCAAUGUAUCAGUCAGUGCAAAAAACUCAGCUGGAUUCGGUCCAAAGGCUACUUUACAUCAAAUAUUAACGGAAGAAGGAGUUCCAACAAAGCCACUACAAUUUGGCCAUGAUAUCAUAUCUCGACCACAAGAAAUUACAUUAUCAUGGAAAAAACCUAUCCCUUCAAAUGGUUUCAUAACAAAUUACAUAUUGUGUUACAUACAAGAUACUAAUGAUGGUAUUAAAGUUAAAAACUCUAUUGAGAAUUGCACUGAUGUUGGUACUGUCACAAUAUUCACAUUAAAAGGAUUAGGAUUAUACAACGGCUACAAUGUAUCAGUUCGUGCAAGAAACUCAGCUGCUUUUGGUCCAAAUGCUAGUCAACAUCAAAUAGUAACAUUGGAAGGAGUACCAAAUGAGGUGCGAAUUGUAUCUUCAACUGCAAAAAAAAAAUCUAUAAGCGUGACAUGGAAACGUCCAAAACAUAUUUAUGGCAUGCUGCAUGGUUAUACAGUUAAAUAUCGUCUUUCGUCAGAAAAUACAGAAAAUGAUGUCAACGAGUGCAUGAAUGUAACAAAGUUAUCAUGUACAGUCAACAACUUGCAGCCAUUUCGUAAUUACACGGUGAUAAUAACAGUUUUCAACAGAUUGUUUUCGAGAAAGACAAGUAUUACAAGGCAAACACUUCCUGACGCACCACCACCUCUUGAUAAAGAUUUGCCUGAUCCACCUGCUGAUAGAAUUGAGGAGACUAGCUUUGCGAUAAACAUUUUAAAAUUCAAGGAGACCAAUGAUGAUUGUCAACCAUUAAAAAUUAUCAUUGUUUCAGUUCUCGUAACAUUAGUUAUCACAUUGGUUAUAAUUACUAUCGUGUUGGCAAUUUUAAAGCAGAAAGGUUUGAUCACUGUGAGCAAGAAACGUAAUGAGAAACCACAAAACGUUGAAACAACUGACGAUUAUGAAGUAGCUGAAACAACUCACUAUGCAGAUCUUAAUAUUCAAGAUAGCAAACCAAGUUUUUACACUGACUUGAAAACCCUAAAAGAUGGUUCAAACGAUUAUGCAGAAAUUGAAUUAAACGAAACGCCGAAAAACAUCUAUGCUAAUGUUAAAAAAUAAACAUAUUUAUUUUCUUUGUAAUAAUAACUGUUCUCUGUCGGGCUUGAAAUCCAUAACAAUCAGACAAAAGGCGAAAAGACUAAAAAGUAAUCCGCAGCUUAAAUUUAUAUAGUGUUUAAUCUUGCACAGCCUAAAAAAUGCAGAAAUAUAUCCAAAACUUAGCGGUGUAUGCAAAUGAGCCAAUCAGAAGGCUGCGAUAUAUAUUCUGUUUAAUCAAUGUUGCUAUUGCUCAUUUCCAGGGUGACAAAAUUUUUUACGAUAGCGACAGUGAGGUUGUUUUGAAAAUAUGUAUUUGGAUGAUAUGAUGGAUUUCUUUACUUUUAUUCUUGCAUUUUUUUCUUAUUUUUUUGCACUUUGUAUUGUAAUAUUUCUAAGUUUUAAGGAAAUAAAAUUAGAAACCAUUUUUA